AGUAAGAGCUGUAUUGUCAGUUUCCCUCCGUUGUCCAAAUACGGGAUUUUUGUGUUAUUGUUUAUCUUAAUGUUAAUGUUAUCUUCUGAAAAUUCCACAUUUUAGUGUUUUUUACUGCAUAGAUUUACUACUGUGGAUAUUAAAGUUCAGCUCAUUUAGUCACUAGGAAUCCAUACCGACUUAUAAAUAUUUUUAAUUCUAAAUGUAGAUUUUCUUAUAAUAAUGGAAUAUAGGCUUAGGCCUAAAACUUCUAAAACGUGUAAACAAGGCAGAGAAAGAAAGGAUCUUGGAUCAGAUGGGGUUGAUUUAUUGCAAUAUUCUAAGGACACCAAUGCAAAUCAUAGCCAGGUAGAAGAAGAACCAUCAGCAAAAAAGGUUAGCAAGUCAGUGCCGGCCUGGGACUCACCAUGUGGAACUGGAACUAUGAUAUCCUCCCAUUCUACAACGAGCCGCUAAGCACCCAUAAUCCGGAGAAGGUUCUUCGUAGAAGCCUCAAUGACGACUCUCCUCAGUCACUUACACCAAUCACCCAACCUCCUCAGCCACUUACAUCACCUACCCACUCUGCUCAGUUACUUAUACCGACUACCCAACCUCCCCAGUCACUUACACCGACUACCCAACCUCCCCAGUCACUUACACCGACUACCCAACCUCCCCAGUCACUUACACCGACUACCCAACCUCCCCUGUCACUUACACCGACUUCCCAACCUCCCCAGUCACUUACACCUACUACCCAACCUCCCCAGUCACUUACACCAAUUACCCAACCUCCUCAGCCACUUACAUCAACUACCCACUCUGCUCAGUCACUUAUACCGACUACCCAACCUCCCCAGUCACUUACACCAACUACCUACCCUCUCCAGUCACUUACACCAACCACCCACCCUCCCCAGUCACUUACACCAACCACCCACCCUCCCCAGUCACUUAAACCAACUAACUACUCUCCCACAACUUUGUAUAAUGUGUCAAAUAACAGUCAGUACAUGGUACCAUCUAUCCAGGCUAUCAAUUUACAAGAUUUAGGUCCUCCUGUCAAGAAAAUCUGUUUUGACAAACAUAAACAUGAGUUGCAACAGCAGGUAUCAGUUGAAAUUCUACAGGAACCACUAAUCUCCAUUUCUGAUUACAAACCUCAGGUUGAAACCAUAUCACCCUUAAUGUUAUCUGAGAAUUUUGUAGAAAGGCUCAAGUAUCGGACUAUCAAGGAUGAGAUCCUGCAAAAGUUCGACAAACUUAAUAGAGAAAUCAGCAAGGUAGAGAAUACGUUGCUGAAAUUAAAGAAUCAAGAGCAAGAACUAGUCAAGGCAGCCUGUCAGCCCAAUGAUAAAAAGGAUGAUGAGGAAGAGAGGCUGGGACAGCAGCCAAAACUUCAGCCCUUUACUCAGAAGAUCUAUGAUGAAAACAGGAGAAAGGUGAAAAAAGCGGUCUUGGAGAUGUUGGGUCCUAAAUUUGAUUUUCCUCUCUACAAUCAGCCUUCAGAUACAGCAGUAUACCAUGAAAACAAGAAAAAACAUGCUCAUUUCAAGAAUAGACUGAUGUCAUCACUGAUAGUUAAGAAAAAGCAAAAGAUUCGUGAUGAAUACUUUGCUCAAACAUAUACAAGGCUAAUGCAAGAGUGGCAUCGUAAAGUGGAAAAAAUUGAAAAUUCUCCAAAACGAAAAACAAAUGAUGCAAAAAAUCGAAAGUUAUUUGAGAAGGUAUUUCCAGAGUUGAUAAAGCAGAGAGAAAAUCAGGAGCGGUUCAACCGUAUCGGAACUCGGAUCAAGAGUGAUGCUGACUUAGAGGAGAUCAUGGAUGGGCUACAAAAGCAAGAGAUGGAGAAAAAGAAGAUGCGGUUGAAUGCAGUUAUCCCACCUCUGUUGCUUAAUGCCGAUCAACGCAAGUACAGUUACAUCAACACCAAUGGCAAGAUUGAAGACUUGGCUAAGGAGUACAAAGAGAGACAAUUUUUUAAUAUCUGGACUGAAGCGGAGGUCAAAAUUUUUAAAGAAAUGCUCCUGCAGCAUCACAAAAACUUUAGUGUAAUCGCUUCUUAUCUCGAGCAUAAAAGUGUUGGUGACUGUAUACAGUACUAUUACCAAACCAAAAAAGAAGAAAACUACAAGAGUCUUUUACGUAAACAACAGCGGAAACGGUCGAGUCGUAACAACCAUAGAAAAGUAAAUGUCAGUGCCGGUGCGACUAACAGUGCAAUGGAUUUAAUACUAAGCAGCGGGACCGGUGUGACUACGCGACUGCAGUUCGAACAAAUGCAGAAAAAAGAACACCCACCAACUGUCUCCACCCCUAUCUGUGAUAAACUAACUGUAGAGACCAGUGCCAAGACUCCAGUGCGUUUCGAGUCGUUCACCACUACUGCUAAUGUGACUGCUGUCGGCUCUGUUAGUGAAUGUGAGACGAAACAGGACAAGAAGAAGAAGGAACGGAAAGAAAAAAAAGAGGAAGGAGUGCUUGGUGACGUAAUAGAUGGAGAAAUGCCAGAUCGUGAGAAAAGUUGCACAGUUUGGAAAAAUGAGUCCGAGCAUACAGGUGCUCUGCGACGGUCACAUGUCAUAAAGUAUGACUUAACAGAGGAGGAUAUGCCAGCUGGAAUUAUUCCACGCCUUCGGACUUCCCUCCCGUACACUCAUGAAGUCUGAACCUCAGUACUUUUGUGUGAUAUGUAAAUAGUUUACAUUUUUUAGACUAACUAAUCUAUUUACGAAUCUAUUGCCAAAAACUAAGUGGCUCAGGGAGAUCUCACUAAAUAAGUUGAAACUACAACACAUCAGCAAACAAGAGAAGAAAAAUUACGAUUGUUAAUGUUUUGAAAUUCACUCUAAACAUUGGCCAUAAGUAGUUUAAUUCAUUACCUUUAUAGAAAAGCAAAGCAGCUUUUAGUAUAGUUGUAUUUAGGUAAAUAAUUACUACGUCUAAUUAUAAAGCCAUUUUAAGAGUUACUCUCAUUAACACGUUUGCUACUGCCAUGUUGAAAAAUAUGCGAAAUUAUAGACAGACUAGGUGCCACAAAUGUGCAGUAACUGGGUUUUACCUUUAGACUGCAUCUGCUCAUUUGUAGCACAUGGUCUCAUUGAAAUAGACUGUCCUCUUGUCAGUCAAUAACGAGUUUUGAAACACUAGUCUAUUUUAAACAUCAAUGCAUGUCUUAAGAGAUGUCUGCAGCACUGUGGAUAUGUUGUUUUCAAUUUUAAUUCUUUAAUAGUGGCUGUACUACCUUAACCCGUUGAUGAAAAGCUAACAUAUAAUUUACAUUUAUAAAUUGAAACUGAUAUUUAUUACAUUUGCCUUGAAAUUAGCGUAAAUGAGAAAAUCUUGUGUUUUUUUUCUCCCUGUGGGAAAAUGACAGUUUGUCCCCGCGCUUAGUCCUAAAAGGACCUUUGCACCUGCCUUACUUUAAUUUUGUGUCCUCAAAGUCCAAGGCUUUUGCAAAAACCAAUCAGAUUUGAGGGCUCCUGUUCUCUGAUAUUCUUAGGGCUCAGGAGACAGUGUUAAGUUUUACAAAUGUGUGUUUUUAUGUAAUACUCUGUGUAUAUGGCACUCUGUAGCGAACAUGUUAAUAUCAGAACACUUCAAAAACAUAUACAUUUCUUCUCUCUGACUUGCUUUGAUACAGAAAUCUGAACUAUUUCUAAGAAAUUAUAAGUUUGCUCGAGCAAAGGCUAAAAAAUUGUAAGUUAUAACUAGACCAAAGAAUUAAUUAUAAACUAAUCUUUAUUCACUUUGAAUUUGAGUUAACCCAUCUGGAGAGUUGCAGCUAUAAAGUUAGUUACUACUGAAAGUGUUGAGAAAAAUUUCAAACCUGGUUACAAUGUUAAAAUAGAUAGCAUUAUUUACAACUAUGUUUUAUUCACUUUAAUGUCAAACUUGAUUUAUCCAAAGAAGCCUAAUUAUAAAACAUGAAUGAAAUGAACCAUGAUUAAAAGGAUAAUUCAUGUUGUAUUGUGUUACCAGCUGAUGUAAGGACCACACAACACACAACAGACUGAUUAUCUAUAAGCGACUGAUUGUUGUACAUAGUUAUAGUUUUUGUAAAAAUAAACAUUUUUUGUACUGUAAAUAUGUUUAUAUAUGUUAUAUACAUUUUAUUCACCAUAUGUUAUACAUUAAAGUGCCUUGUCAGUUUCAAUUGAAUAAAAGCUGCUAGUGAUGUUAACAGUUCAAGAAAAUACAUGGGAAAAUUUAUGUAUGUAAUAACAAACUUUGUUUUCUAUAAAGUUGUGCACAUUGUAUGAAUCUGACGUGCCUUUGAUAGUUCAUGUGAUAUAAAAGCUAUCCUAGAGAAACUUGGGAAAGUUUUCAGAAAAUUAAAACUUUAAAUUUGAUUAUAAAAAAUAAGUGAUACCAUAACUGUAUAAGUAACGCUUUUAUUACACAGCAUUGAUAUGUUAUAUUAUAUGAAACAAAAGUGUGGAACAAGAUACAAGAUAGGUCUAUCUAUCUUUCAGUUGUGUUCAUGUUGUUCUGGUUUCAUAGCUAUCAUCCACGAUUCACCACAGGGUUAAUUUCAAAUCACCCAAUGGAUGGUAAUGCACUAUUGUUUUUUAGGCCAAUCAAUCAAAGAAUGGCAACUGGAUAAACGGGUCCUCUCGGCAGGGAGAGGUAAAGGAUGCGGCUCAGUGGUUGGAGAGCAAGGACUUCCGAGACAUGUUCCAGGAGUCCCAAGAGUAUAAGUGCGUUUGUUGUAGAAUUUGCUUAGUGCACGUUAAAGCCUCCGACUAUGAAAUCCGGAAACACAGUCUGUCCAGGGAAAGCUGAAGGAUAAUCCAGUUGUGCAGAUCUGUUUGGAGGAAAAUUUCAAGAGAGCUGAAAGCUUGAUGUUUGAUUUAUUUAAGAAAUGAAAAUGGCCUCUAUCGGUUCAGGAGUCGUUUUACAGUUUGGUUGAAGGUUUCGCCGCUGGCUCAAAAGUGGCCACCGUUCUGUGUCAGCAAAAGAAGGUAACAAGUUUUGCAAUAGAAAGUGACAGUGAUUGUAUUGCUCCUUUAUUUCUCAGCAAUACUCAAAACACAUUGCAUUGCAUUGCAUUGAAAACUGAACAUGAUAGCCUAAUUAUGUUAACAAACUGGGGAGUGUAUUUAAUUAUUUAAGCAAGUUGUACUUUGUAAAUACUCUUUAAGUUUUAAUAUUUGUUUUCUAUUAUUAUAUUUUUUAUACUGUAAACUUAGAAUAAUUUAUGUAGGCCAGCUCAAUAUUUAAUAGGUUUUGUAAUAAGUUAUUAAGAAGUUUGAAAAUAUCUCAAACAAAAUUAUUAAAUGGAAGUUUGCUCCAUUAUAAACAAUAAACUACUUUUCCAUUAUUUAUCCUACUUGGAAACAAUAAUUUGAAUCCUUUUGUUUAAUUACCAUUUGGAUUAGCAAAUAUACUGUACGAUACGAUCUACAGAUACAACCACAGAUCGAGUGUACGAGGGAUGCCUCUGUAACAUCGGUUGGCUGCCAUUUUCACCCUAAUUGAGUGAAGGUUGCAAUGAGCAUGACAAAUUGUCAUCAGUGUAUUAUAUCAUAAGUUAUGGUACAAUUAGACAAAUAUUACAAAACUGAUAGAAAAAGUGCAAUUUUGUUUCAAUCUCAGAAAGGGGUAUUAAGGGUAUUACUAUCUUUAAAUUGUAUCUGUAUGUAAUAAUGGAGUUUGAAAAUGUCUUGGCAAAAUUUGUUCUAAUUUACAUUUUACAUGAAAUAAUGAAUUUGAUAUAAACCUUGGUAAAUAAAUCCAUGUAUUAAAAUUGCCCAUAAGUUAACUUUUCCUAAGUUUAUUCCCUAUCUGUACUUAAGUUUUUUUAAAAAAAAACAAAGUAACUUAAGAGAUUUUUGGACUCAAUGAACUCAUCUUCAUUAUGAGUAAUAUUUACCAAGUAGGUACUUCAAUAAUAGAUUUAAGUAAUUUCAUACCUCAACAUGAACAUGUUACCUCACUUGCCUUAAUUGUAAACAAUUUAUAUUAUUAAUCUAUGUCAUUUUUACUUGUUAUGUGUACCAAUAAACUAUUGUUUUUAA